ACACUCACAUACCCAUACGCAGGCACACUCGCACACGCACACGCACCCAUUCCCGUACAUACGCGAGUGUUGAGCGUAGCGCGCGCGCGCACACACACAGACCCGCAGUACCCACACACGCACACGUUGACAGACGCGCAAAUUGGCUUUUGAGCAGCUUACGUCUUGUGCGCUGCGAGCUUUUCGUCGUACUACCUUUACAAGGUGCUGUGGAUAUUAUGUCAUCCGACAAUGCUGUCGGCGGUGGCCAGUCGAACCCGGAGAUGGUCAGGGGACAGAUAUUUGACGUCGGUCCGAGGUACACGAAUCUGUCGUACAUCGGCGAGGGAGCUUACGGAAUGGUCGUGUCGGCAUUUGACAAUGAGACAAAUUGCAAAGUUGCCAUAAAAAAAAUCUCUCCAUUCGAACAUCAAACAUAUUGUCAACGGACAUUGCGAGAGAUUAAAAUAUUAACUAGAUUUAAACACGAAAAUAUAAUUGAUAUAAGAAAUAUCUUACGAGCGGAAACUAUUGAACAAAUGAAAGAUGUUUAUAUUGUUCAAUGCUUGAUGGAGACUGAUUUGUAUAAGCUUUUAAAAACUCAGAGACUGAGCAAUGAUCACAUUUGUUAUUUCCUUUAUCAAAUUCUUCGAGGGCUUAAAUAUAUACAUUCAGCAAAUGUCCUCCACCGUGAUCUCAAACCUAGUAACCUGCUUCUCAACACAACGUGUGAUCUCAAAAUAUGUGAUUUUGGUCUUGCAAGAGUUGCAGAUCCUGAUCAUGAUCACACUGGAUUUCUUACAGAAUAUGUAGCCACAAGGUGGUAUCGUGCUCCUGAAAUUAUGUUGAAUUCCAAAGGAUAUACAAAAUCAAUAGAUAUGUGGUCAGUUGGUUGUAUUUUAGCUGAAAUGCUUUCCAACAGACCAAUAUUUCCUGGUAAACAUUACUUAGACCAGUUAAAUCAUAUAUUGGGAAUACUUGGUUCACCAACUGCAGUCGAUUUAUUGUGUAUUAUUAAUGAUAAAGCUCGGAGUUAUUUACAAUCGUUGCCCUUCAAACCAAAAAUAGCAUUUUCAAAACUUUACCCAACAGCUGAUCCAAAAGCUUUGGACUUGCUGGAUAAAAUGCUGACAUUUAACCCUCAUAAUAGAAUCACAGUUGAAGAGGCUCUGGCACAUCCGUAUCUUGAACAGUAUUAUGACCCUGCUGAUGAGCCUGUUGCAGAAGAACCAUUUAGAUUCGCUACAGAGUUAGAUGAUCUACCCAGAGAAACUUUAAAACAAAUGAUCUUUGCUGAAACUGUGAAUUUCAAACAAAAUGUGUAGGCAAAAUAUGAAUACUAUAUGUUUUUAAUUCCUUACCAUGCUUAAACUCUUAUUCUUCUAAAUUUUGAACUUAUAUUGCAUUUCAAUAUUUGAUAUAUUUCUCGCUUCUUUACAGUUCUUUACAAUAUAUAAUCCUACCCUUAAGUUUAAAAUAUUCAUCUUAGUAUUAAGUAAGACUUAUUAUGUAGUUAAAAUUGUAUGUAUUAUUAUUAUUAUAAAUUUAAUAUUUAAUUUAUAUUAUUUGAUUUUUAUCAAAUUUGUUGUUACAUAAUCAGAUAUUAGCCUUAUAAAGUAUUUGCCCCAAAACAUAUUUUCCUUUUGAGUGACAAAAUUAAAUAUUGUUAGUUUUGAAAUAUUUAAUAUUACUAAUGUGAUCAUUUAAAGGCAAUCACUGCAUUAUGAUAAAAAAUAUUUAGCUAGAAUUUUAAUAGUGUACAUUUUUUUGUUCCCAUCCGGCCAUUUCCCCCAUUCCCUGUCAUUUGUGAUAAUAUUCAUGGUACUUAUACAGUAUAUUUACUAAUAUUUUAUUCGAUGUCGUUUAGAAAUUAAAUCAAUGUAAACAUCAUGGGAUGUAAAAUUGUGUUGUUAGCUGAAUUCAGGAGUAAUUAAUGAUUAAAACUUAUUGAUAUUACACACAUUUUAAAAUUUAAAAUUCAAUAUUUCCUGUUUCAAACACAAAAAAAGUUAAAAAUUGUGCUAUUAAUACCGUAAGUGACCUAUUUUUGAAAAUAAAGUCGAUUAAACAUUUAAUAAAGUUCAAUUGAGUGAUUACGUUCCUUUGAAACCAUUUUGUAAAUAAUUUUUGCUAUUGUUUAAUAUAUAAGUAUAUUUAUUUUUAUUAAUUCAAUAUAUCUUCCAAGCUUAAUACUUGACCGUUAUCACGUAUCUAUUAGUUUUGCUCAUUGUAAAAAUUUUGUUGUUAUUUAACAAAAAAAUUAAUGGUAUUUUUUAAGGAAUAUUCUUAUAAAACUUCGAAAUUUAAUUUUAAAAUGAAACAUUCAGUAAGUUAUGUGAUAGUAAAAUUAUUCAUUAUAAAAUCACUGUUAAAACAUAUUGUUCAGUCAAAACAACAAAAUUAAAAAUGUCGUAAUAUAUAUAAUAUACAGGAGUUACAGAAAACACUGACAGGUGUAAUUUAAGAACUAUGUAAUGACUUUUAUUCUUAUCAAUUAUUUGUAAGAAAAUAUUUUUAAUUUAGAUAUUAUAUGGAAAUAAUUGUUAAUUGUUUAAAAAAAAAAAAAAUGUAAUAUUGAUCAGAACAAAAUUGAUUACAAGAUUAAUUAUAUUUAUCAUCUAAUUCUGUUACACCCUGUAUAUAUUUAGCGACCAAAUUGUAUUUUGACGAUUCGUACUGAUUACUUUAAUGUGUUCUCAGAGGCCUAUCAUUUUAUAUAUUUGUUUAUUAUUAUUAACUAAAUAAAAAUCUAGAUAACUUUUGUUAUAUGUCUUAGAGCUUACAAAUGCUAUUCAAUUUAUGUUGUUGAUAUACAAAUUAAUGUUUAAAAACUGAUUUAAGCGCAUCGCGCAAAUUAAUACUUUUUAUUGUAAUUUGAAUAUAAAUUAUUCUUAUUUAAUCUGUGUUUUGUAAUAUUCCAUUGAACAUGAAUUUUGUUUGAUAUAAUUGUUUUACAAUUGUUUCAACACAUCUGGUUUCAAGCCAAAGUUAAAUUUAAUUAAAUAAUUAAGUACAAAGCCGGACAAUUAAGAACAAUGCUAAGUAUUAACUUUCAAAAAAUGUUUGUAAUAAAUGUUUGUAGUAUUUAUUCAUCUUAAGUAAAAUAAUUGUACACAUACAAAUUAUUGGUAUAAAUGCUAAAAUAAUAAUUAUUUUUAUUCCUAUAUUAAUUCAUUAAUAACAAUUAUAAACCUUACAAUAUUUUGUACUUGAUAAGAUAAAUUACUUACCUAUUAGUAUGAAAAAAUUCAUACAAAAAAUUAGAUGUACAGGCAAGUUUUUAUUUUCUAUAACUAUUUCAUUAUCAGUAAAAAAAUAAAAUAAAAUAAUUUGAAGAUUUUUUCAUAAUGUGUGUUUACUAUAUUUUUUACUUUUACUAUAUUCAAUUUUCUUAGAAAUAAUAGCAAUAAAAAAAUAGUUUUAAGUAACCAUAAUUUUCAUUUAUAUUAAUUGUUUGUGUUUAUAUGUGAGUGCAAAUAUUUUACUAUCAAACGAGCACAAAAUAACUGUUAUUGACCUACAAAUUUACAUUUAUAAUUAGCAACUAGUGAAGAAAAUAAGAAUUUACCUUUAUUCAAAUAACCUUAAUCAAUUGAAUUGGUUAUGAUAUUAUGUGCUCUUUUGUUUUUUAACUACAUAUUAUACAAUUAUUGUGUUUAACUUAUUAUGAUUAUGUAAAUUAUUAAAGUAAUAUCGCAUUUACAUUAUUUAUAAUAAUCAUUAUUCCAUUAAUUUUAUUUAUUGUUCGCUUUUUCAAACUUUAUUGUUGUUAUAAAAUUGAUACUUGAAUGAUUGUUAAGUAAUAUAUGGAGGAGUAAAAUAUGUAUUGUAUAUUUUUGUCAUUACAUAUUAACAGAAUAUUUGGCAAUAAUAUUUUACCUAUGUUUGUGUAAUUUGUAUUUAUUAAAUUAAAUAUACUGACGAAUGACAAUGUGUUAGUUUAUAAGUCGUUUAAUACCUGUAGUAUAACAUUAUGGACAUUAAGUAUCUAUUAUUAAAAUCAAAACUUAGAGAGCAACGUUUUAUUAGAAGUAAGUUGGAAGUUUUCACAUUUAUUAACUGUCCAUUGUGUGGUUCA